UUUAUGUGGUUGCAAUUAGAUAGCUAGCCUUCUCCCUUUCACAUUUCUCUCUGUGCAUCUUUCUAAUGAGAUCAGAAGGUCAAGCACAGCCGAAAUGGGAAGGCAAAACCUCAGCCGAGCUCAAAAGCUCACCAGCACAACAGGUCUGGCCUUUCCUAGCCGAUUUCUGCAACGUACAAGAAGUCUUACCAGGCCUUGAAACUUGCUACCAAGUCGAGGGAGUCCCCGGCCAGCCGGGCCUGAUCCGCUACUGCGCCGGACCGGCUACCGAUAACGACGAGACCACCGUUAAGUGGGCCAGAGAGAAGCUGACCGCGAUUGAUCCGAUCAAACGGUGCUUCAGCUACGAGAUCGUUGAGAGUAACAUAGGGUUCAAGUCGUAUGUUGGAACCAUACAAGUGGUUCCGGUGAUAAACGACGAUGAAGGGUGCAUGAUCGAGUGGUCGUUUGUUUGUGAUCCGAACGAAGGGUGGCGAUUGGAGGACUUCCAGUCUUAUUUGGAGUCUUCUCUACAAGGGAUGGCAAAGAAGAUUGAGGAUGCUCUUCUGUCUAGUACUAGUGCUACCGUGUGAUGAUUUACAUUUUCUUGCUAGUUGUAUUGUUGUCUCUGUAAUGAUUCUAAGAGCACUGUCUCUGAUCUGAACGUUUCGUAUCAAGUUCUCUUUUACUUGGC